CACAACUAACCUAUGAUACACAAUGUCAUCAAAGCCAACAAAUAAACCCUUUCCAUCUGCACGAAAUAAGGUGGCAGUUACGCCGACAACGUAAACUGGAGAAGCUGAAGAGAUCGCUUGAAAGUGAUUGAGUACCCGCGUGUAAGACAUUGAAGCAGAAUGAUGCGCUUCAUCUAUUAAAAUAAGCUUGAACUUAUCUGGAUCGAACUUCUGAAGCCGCUCGUUUUUCAAAGACAGGACAGAUGCAAUAGUAAUAUCUGCCAUUCCGCUUGCAUGCUUAUCGCCCAUUUCAAUUUCAAUUGUCUAAACAGCUUUAGUUAAAUACUUUCUUUCCCAACAAACCUUCUCUGGAUAAAGUGCUCUGCAAUGUCGAAAAGCCUGUUGGGCAAGCUCUUUUCGAUGUAACAAAAUUAGGCAUUGAUUCGCAUUAGGUCGAAUUGGUUGGACUCGAUCAAUUAAAUGAGAGAAAACUACCUAAUGACUUAUGCGUUAAACUCUGAUAAUCCAAUUUUAUUUCUUCUUGUACCGUUUUGCCAGAUCCAGUCGCUAACGAAAUGGCGACUCUUCGUGUACCUUGUGCAAAUGACUGUAACACGCUCUGUAUGCAUUCCUCUUGGUAGGGCCGUAAAUGAAAUGUUGAAUUAAAUCUAAUCUGACGAAAUUGUGCUAUUGGCAUUCGCCAAUAAUAAGUUCCAGGACAGAAUCGCCGCGUGAAAGGGCAAAUCCAUUUUUUGAAAUGGAACAUAGCCAAGCAAGAUCGUUUUUAAAGGAUAUGAAUCACGAUCUUGUCAACUUUGAUAUUGGAUGUGCUAGUAUGAAAAAAUACUUAUGCCUAUGAUAAUUAUAUAUCGCCGUUUCGGCUAAACCACAAAACUGUAAAGAUGAAAAAUUAAUUUCUCCAGUAGACGCAAAGUUGAGACGAUACAUUCUAAGAAAUAAUUGAUGAAGCUGUUUGUACUAAUAAUGAGUUAUUGAUAUGACUGUCUGUUCACCUUAACAGCCUUUCUCCUUACUAUUAUUAAAAAAAAAAAAAAAAAAAAAGAAAAACCUGGUUUAACAACAUCUCGCGUCCUAGUGUAUGGACUUGAAGUUUUCUUAUUUCCUAUUCUUACAUACGACUGUAAUAUAAAAAUUCUGUGUAAGAAAAUCCUUACGACAUUUCUGUAAUGCUUUAAAAUAUUACAAGAGUUAACCUGUAAACACCAGUUCACUUGACUGUAAAACGAAACAUCUACAGGGGAGUGUUAUGAUGAAGUAUUCGUUACAGUAAUUGAUAGUGACAGAACAGCAAGGCAUGCUUACUUUCAAACCUCACAGCGACUACGUCGUUAUGAGAUUAGGAGGCAAAAUAAAUGUUUUCAUCAUAGGAAAACAAGAGUUAUGAACAGUAAAGUUAUCGAUUUCUUUAGUAUGAAUUUGUUUGGAUGAAGUCACCAUUACAGUUGAUGAAUACAGCAUAUAUAUGUACAGAAGUGAUAGCUAUGACCUGAAAACAAGUAUCUGAAAAAUGAUGAACACCAUCUCAAACAAGAUUACAAACGUCCUUAGUGACCGUUUGGGGAAGCAUCCUGUGGCAGAGGGUUCUACCCAACCAUAUGUACAUUCGGACGAACUAAUGUCCGCCGUUACAUGGCAAGGACCAAAGUCCGUUGCUGUUGAGAAGGUUCCCAAGCCUACAAUAACGCACGAAAACGAUGUUAUUGUUAAAAUUACUGCAUGUUCAAUCUGCUCUGGCUCUGACUCCCAUAUCUUCUCCGGUGAAAUCAACCCAACUAAGAAGGGUUCUAUUAUGGGUCACGAAGGCUGCGGUGUAAUUGUCGAACGCGGCCCUGCUGUUAAGAAUUUGUAUGUUGGCGAUCGAGUCGUUAUUGCAUUUGACAUUGCAUGUGGUCAAUGCCCCUACUGUAAGAGACAGGAGUUUGUUGCUUGUGAUGCAACGAAUGAUUCGAAGUUAAUGGACAAAAUGUAUGGUGCACAUCACUGUGCCAUCUUUGGUUAUAGCGAUAUGAUGGGAAACGUUCCAGGUACACAGGCCGAAUAUGUUCGUGUUCCGUUUGCCGACGUAAACUGUUACAAAAUUCCAGCCAAUUUACCAGACCGUAAGGCAUUAUACGCAUCGGAUGUUUUGUGUACCUCUCUGCAUGCGGUGGAUAUGGCUGAAAUUAACAAAAACGAUACCCUGGCUAUCUGGGGAUUGGGUCCUAUUGGACUCCUCGCUGCCCGCUGGGCUCAAAUUCGCGGUGCGCGAUCGAUUAUUGGGAUUGAUUCCGUUCCUGAACGCCUUGAACUCGCUGCUAGUAAACUGAAGAUUCACGUAAUCGACCGCAGCAAAGUUAAAGAUAUUCCUGCUAAGAUUAUGGAAAUUGUCCCGGGUGGAGUCGAUGCUGCUAUUGAAGCAUCCGGUUUUCGUUUCACCUCUAGCUUCCGUCAUACAGUGGAACGGGCCAUCGGCAUGGAAACUGAUUCAUGUGACAUGAUCACAGAGUGUUGUCAAGCUGUUCGUAAGUACGGUCGCAUCUCUGUGAUUGCAGACUACAUUGGUUUUGCUGACCGUUUUCCCAUCGGUCACAUUAUGAUGAAGCACUUAACGCUCCGUUCAGGGCAAUGCCCUUGCCAAUGCUAUUUCAAACAAGUAUUUGAUGCUUUGGAGAGUGGUAAAAUCGAUCCGGACUUCAUUGUCACCGACGUUGUGAAAUUUAACGAUUUGCCUAAGGCCUACGAAAAGCUGUUCUACAAGAAAGACGGCAUGGUCAAGAUUUACUGUGAGCCUGAAAAGGAGGAUUAGGUCAUAUAUUUUUAGUUUAGAUAGAGGUAGGGGUGUUUGGAGUUUUUCUAUUAAACGAGUUAUGACCAGUUAGGACGCUGAAUUAAUAAUUUUACACAUAAAAACAAUGUGGAAGAGAAGAAACAUUGUUUGAGUAAAAGUUCUGUCGCCAAUACUGA